AUGAACAACGUUCAACUAGUUUUUGUUAACAGUUUCAAAUAUCUCGGCGUUAUAAUAGAUAAUAAAUUUAAAUUCACACAACAUUCGGCAUAUAUCAUAGAAAAAGCUAAAAAACUGUUCUACAAGCUCCUUCUCUACACCCGUCCCACAUGGGGCGUCCAUUCAGAUAAUAUCCGCACUAUCUACGAACAGGUCAUCAUCCCUAUCAUCUCUUAUGCAACAAACAUCUGGUCCAACUCCCUCAAAUAUAAAUUUAUAACCAAAAAAUUCCUCUCUCUCCAACGUCUCUUCGCGAUCAAAAUAGUCCACGGUUUUCGCACACUAAGCACUGUCACCUCCAUAUCGCUCGCUCAGCUCAUCCCUCUCCCCGAUAAAAUUAAAUCAAUCGCAACCAUUGAAUCCUCCAAACUUCUUGGCCUCUCCCCUUUUCUUCCCUCGGACAUCCCUCUAGAAAAAUUUGCUCCCCCUUCAUCUCUCCUACAUCCUUCUCUACGCACCCCCAUAACCUUCACAGAGAUUAACUCUGUGGAAGAAUUCGACUCAUUUGCCGGCAAGUACAUGCAUCACAUCUUUACGGAUGGCAGCAAACACGAUGGCGCAGUUGGCGCAGCAUUCGUGGUCUAUGACCCAUGUAAAAUCCACGUCACCAAAAAAUUUAAGCUCCACCCUUCCUGCUCCGUUUACCAGGCCGAGAUGCUUGCAAUCCAAAAGGCUUGUGAGUGGAUCACCUCAAAAGCACAAAAAGCUAGAUCAUAUGUAAUUUGCUCAGAUAGCAAAUCUUCCCUUCAGGAGCUAUCUAAUCCAUACUCUUACAAUUCCUUUGCAGUAAAUAUAUUCAAACUAAUUCAUACAAUUGGACUAAGUAACAUCAGCGUCGGUUUUGCAUGGGUUAGGGCUCACAUUGGAAUCGCUGGCAACGAGACCGCUGACAUUGCUGCCAAAUCCGCUGCCGUCCUCCAUAAACCACCCGACCUCAUUUGCGCCCCUAUCUCUCAUAUAAAACUCCAACUACGUUCUCUCACCUCCUCGGCCCCGGAGCAAUGCUGCCGGGGAUGGUAG